CUUUGAUACCCAUAAGACUCGCGUCGAGAUUGUUUGCUGAUUUUUCCACUUAGCCCAUCAAAACCAAAACCCCAUUGGCGCUCAGGCUCCCAAUCCCCGUCGUCUUCCGCCGCCGUCCGCCGCCGUAAUCGAGCCUAUUGGCUCAGGGUAGUUGCUUCAUUGGAUAAUAAAGGGAACGCCCAAUGGAUUUACAAGCCAGGAAGAAGGCAGUGUAUCGUGCUAAACUGAAUGCACACAAGUCGGAGAAACGAAUAGAAUCACCUCUUGUUAGAUAUAAUGAAUCUGAUCAACCUGUUUGUCGGGUUUGUGAUAUCACUUUGAAAUCUGAGUCCAGUUGGCCAGCACAUCAAGCUUCUCGGAAACAUCAUGAAGCUAUUGAAAAUGUCAAAGCAAAUGCUGCUGGUCAUACACGGGUUAAGGACAAAAAGACAGAACCAUCUAAAGAGUUGCCUACAUCAAAACUUGAACAAUCUAAGGAGCUCCCCCCUACUCAACCUGAAUCAUCUUCAGGAGUGCCUAAAGCCAGGUCAUCAGCAUCGCUUCCUUCAGACUUUUUUGACAAUAGUGAAACGAAGAAGCAAAAGACAGGAACCGAUCCUGGCAGAGAGGAAAUUCCAGUUUCAUCUAGGAAGGCAGUUGGGCAUGCUCAAGCUCAAGUCACCAAGCAGUUAGACUCUAGCCAAAAAGUAGAAACUCCAACUGCCAAGUUUAGAGAAAGGGAAAUAGAAGAAGAUAAGACACAUACAUCAAAACCUGAAGUUGUUCCAAAUAACAACCAAGUUAAAGGCCCUCUUCCUGAAGGCUUCUUUGAUGACAAAGAUUCUGAUCUAAGGGCUCGGGGCAUAACUCCAGUUAAGCCAGAUGUCAAAGAUGAGUACAAAGAAUUUGAAAAGCUUAUCCAAGAAGAUUUGAAGGAAGUGGAUAACCGCAUGGAAGAAGAAGAGAUUGAUGCAGCUGAGAUGAUAGAAGAGGCGGAGUCUGUUGAACAAAAGGUCUAUUGGGAGAGAGUGGAAAGGCUAAAAAAGAAGAAGAUGGAACUUGCAGUUGCCAGGUCUUCUGAUUCACGCAAAAGAGCUCCCGAGAAUCCCUCUCCCGAAGAAGAGGCAUCUAGUGGAGAUGAAAGUGACGACGACUUUACAGUUGACUGGAGGGCCAAACGAAUAUAGUACUAAAAUUCAUGGAUUCAAGUUUUCACUGGAUUUUCAGUUGUAUAUGGUGAAUCUACUACUACAGUGCUUAUAACUUUGCUUUUGAAUUGGUUAAAACAACAGGUCUCAAUUUGGAAGCCGAGUCAAGUCAAGCCAAA